CCUCACCCGACAUCCGACCCCAGGUCUCUGUAGGGUUGGUUUUUGAUAUUCAGAGCCUCGGCAUACACUUCGAUUCACAUUUGGUAAUACCUCUGUUUCAUCUGGCUGGUCGGACUCCGCGUGGCCUUGCGAUAUUAGAAUAUACGUCGGCAACGACACUGGGAAAGAUUUGGUCGUCAAACCGGGACCCCUCUAUUACAACGAGUUCACCUUUAUGCGAUUCCCCUUUAUUGCGACCAAAAUAACUCGGCCAAAUACCUAGUACGACGAUGUCCGACGACUCUCCUUCUCCCUCCAAGCGCCGCAGAACUAAAGGCACUCACUCCUUCGCAAUGAGUACACCCCUAAGGAGACCCGCACCAGAGAGAAUUGACUACUUCUCAGCACCAUAUGAGCUGGUAGCAAAGCCGGAACCAAAAGGUCCAGUAUGGCCACCAAACCAGCUUCCAGUCGAACUCUUCACCUUGAUCGUCUCAUACCUCCCACGCUCUGGAGUCCAGAAUAUGCGCCUCAUCAACAAGGAGUUUGACCUCAAGGUGUCCGAGGCUCUAUUUCGAAUUGUGGUGGUACCAUUCAGGCCAGAGAUAUAUGGAAUUACACCAGAGACUACGGGGCCGAAUGAUACGCCGCAAGGUUCUAUUAUGUUACAGGACCAGGGCAUGCGGGUCUUUCAAGGUUUUGGAAGAUGGAUCAAGAGAUUUGCUAUGAGUUUCGAAAUCGAUCACGCGAAAUUGGCAAGCCCGCCUCGGAAAUCUGACCAGGAAGUCAUAAUGUCAUUCUGGGGUCUCUACCGCUGGCCAUUCAAGACGUACAACAGAUAUUCGCAGCUGGAAGGGCUCGAACAGACGGCAGAUGAGACCAGAACUAUGGCGAAGGCUUUGAAAUACAUCAGUGAUGCGAAAGAGCUAGGUUUGUCGAUCGACGGUGGUUUAGGUUGGCUUGCCGGCCCAGAUAUCAACCAGAGAGUAGCAGAACGAGGGGAGAAGCCGGUUGUCUUUGGCGCAUCAAAAUUUGUACCGGAGCCCAAGGUCGGACCACCAAGAGGAGCUGUCAAAGCGAUUACACUGUCAAAUCUAUCGGAUUCACAGUCGGAGUAUGGCGUAUUUCUACGCAUGGUGCUGGAAGCAGGUAUUUCGCAAGAUGACGCCGAUGCUGCGGUACAAAUGCUGCAAGCAGAGACGCGGGCAGCAGCGACAGCUUCACCUGAAAACAGUAGCUUGCCAAAUAGUGCCCAUUCACCACUAAUCGAUUCUGUGCGGAGGUCUCGUCGGCAGCAGCUCAGUGAAGUCGGCGUCAAUUCUGCAGAUAUCGAUACUGAUCUCAUCGAUUUAGCCGAUGUUGAUGAUGAUGUCCAGCAAACUUCUUACUCUUUGGGAUCUAUUAGCAGCAGAAAAGCUACAAGGCACAAGGAGAUGUUUCCACUCAAACCAAAUGAACUUACCAAUGCCCAGAGAGAGAUGUUAUUGGAGAUGGAAUGGGCCCAGAAUGCUUUCAUGCAAUCGUGGGCUAUUGCUAUCAUGGACAACCAUGACACGUUCAAAGAGAUUGCGAAGCUCAACAUCGCACGUCUUCCUAGCAAACAUCUCUCAAUCCUCCGCCGAGAAGAUUUCUGGGACAGCCUUCCGAACUUGAAGUGUCUUACCCUAGCCAUUAUUCCAGAUUGGCGAGAGGUCAAGAAAGAAGCUACGAGCUGGGUGCAAGAUACUCGGAUUCCUCCCUCGAAUGCAGUGACUGCAGUCUAUGAUUUGCUCACACAACAAAUCGGUAGACGAGAGCAUAUCAAGGAGCUUCAAUUUGAGUGGCUCUGCGGAGGCGAGUAUGCACCGGGACUUUUUGCUCGUAAUCAACACAUCUUGGCAGCUCCAGUGGUCUCGAACGCCAUGUAUAUGGUGAACAGAUCUCAGCAACAUCCGGUUCUGGAUCUUCCUUAUAUCGAACGCCUGAUCCUUAAGAAUUGUUGGAUCAGCCCUCACAUUCUCAGUCGCUUCUUGGGCCCGAUGAGGAAAGGAGUCUUGCAGAGCAUCUCCUUUGAUUCCGUCUCAUUGACAGCCAUGGUUCCACAAAGUGCGCACCCAAACCCGCUUACGGCAGCUGCCAUGGCGCAAAAUGCCCAGGUUGUUGCUGGUCAAGCUGCUGCGAACAAUCUGCUCGUCAAUCUCCAGGGUAUGCAGGGUGGUUUCAACGGUCCUUUAAAUAACCAGAACCAGCUUCAGCUUCCCCCGCCAGUGGUUGCGCCAGUUAACACUGUUAAUGUAGACUGGCUUGACCCUCCCCGUGCUGGUUCCUGGGUGGAGAUCAUUAACAGCUUGACUCCUGGCCAAACGCUCGAAGAUAUCCGAUAUGCCAGAGAGAUAGGUCCUGAGCCUAGGCCAAGAGUACGUUCGAAACUUACCAGGCUCUCCUUCACAUCCUGUGGCUAUGUCCGCAUCCCCCUUGACUUCGAUCAGACAGCCCUCGAACCAAUGAUAGCUCCACCACCCCAUCCCGCACCCAUCACAAAGCGAAUCACUGAACUAGAUCCGCAUAUGAUGAAGCCACUAGAUGCAUUCACUCUAGGGGCCAUCAUCAAUCACAUUGAUCCUGCUGAGGCUGCUGCGUUGGAGAAUGCGUGGGAUAUGACCGUUGGAUGGAGACUGUCGCGUCCGGAGUUGAUGAGUGACGCGGUGCUUGAUGGGUUCAUGAGUGCUGGAUUGGGGAGGUUUGAUGGCACGAUUGAGGUCGUUCAGCCACCAUCCAGGCAAUCAUUUUGAGCCUGCAUGGAGUUGGUCUCUGGAGUCAAACCAGCCAGCGCAUGGUUGGUAGGUAUGCUUGGCUUAUAGGCAUAUUCUGCCUCAUCCAUCAUGAAUCAUCUUCUUAUGCCCUUGUUUUAAGUAUUAUGUUUUGAUUAUUUGCAUGCAUAGCGUGGUUUUUUCUGACUUGGCCUGGGGGCGCAUUACUACAUAGGUAGUGAGAGGGUUCUCUGCUUGGCGUUGAUUUGGUCUUUAUGGAAGGGAAGGCAGGAUUCGGCCCUUUUCAUUGGGGACAGGGAAGGGAAGGGAAGGAUGAUUUUAUGAAAGGAAAAGCAUUAUGAAAAGCACGCAUUUACUUUGUACUAUGCACUUUGAGCUUGAAGCUGAGAGUUUGGAGCUUGGAGCUUGGAACAUAUGAGGCAACGACGUCGACGGUGGCUGGCUUCACUUCACUUCCCUUCAAUGCUAGCUAGCUAGUACCAAAAGAACUUGGCCUGGUUUAGCCUGGUGCUGUUUCUCCGCCGAGUCUACAAGUACGGGAGUGUUACGUCCUGUCCUUGUUUAUGGGAUCCGUAUCCGUUGUAUGCAUGUAUGUAUAUAUGUAUGUAUGUAUGAUUAGAGGGAAAGCAGGAAGUCUGAAGGGAACAGACAGAGUUAAAGGAACUCGAGCUUGAGCUCAGUGAAGGAAGGAAGGAAGGAAGAUAUUAUGAUGGUAAUGCUAUAUAUCAUGCUCUGCUGCGGAGCGGUGCGGUGGAUGGUUGAUUAAUGAAUGAAUGAAUGAGUGAAUGAAGAAUAAGCUU